AUGCCAUCGCCGCCCCCCACCGAGCCAUGCCUUUCCGACCACGCCUCCAGCAUUUCUGCAGCCUCCGACAGAACAACCCCGGAUGGGAAAAAGCCUCCCUGCUCUGAGUCCGGCGGCCUCAACCUCCUGCUGGACCUCAACCUCUACAAGGUCGACGACGCCGAUCGCGGCAGCGGCGGCGGCGGCGGCGGUGCUGGUCUAGAACUCAACCUCCUCAACUCCGCCGCGAAGGCGGGUUCCUCGUCGACGACAGAGACGGCGGCGCGAGAGAAGCAGACGUCGUCGGAGCAGCCUCGUGUGUUCUCGUGCAACUUUUGCAAGCGGGAGUUCUCGACGUCGCAGGCGCUCGGCGGCCACCAGAACGCGCACAAGCAGGAGCGCGCGCUGGCCAAGCGCCGGCAGGGGAUGGACGAUGCGUCGCCGCACUUCGGCCACGCGCAGCCGCAUUACUUCACGUACCCCACCAUCCCCAACGCCCUAUCUCUCUACGGUUCUCUAAACCGGUCGAGCCUUGGAGUUAGGAUGGACUCCAUGAUUCAUAAACCCUACUCGUGGACCCCACUGAGUCACCGGUUUGGGCACGGCAGCUGGUCUAGGCUAGCCAUGGUCAACCAACAGCCAUCUUUGGAUAAGUUGAGACUCGAAGGUUUUCACAGUAAUCCUCAUCACGGCGGAGAGCUGGGGAGUGUUCCCGGGCCUCCUCCGGCUAGCGGUGGUAACAUCGGAGUUCCAGCGGCGGCGGUCGCCGCGGACUCGACGCCGAUUGCGAAGAGCAAACAGAUAGGUAGCGAUUUUCUGUUGCCGGAACGGCGUCCGGAGAUUGAUCAUCAUCAUCGACUCGAUGGUUCAGAACUCGAUUUGUCCCUCAAGCUUUGA